AUGAUUCGCUUUAAGUCGAAAAGCAUACUUCUCGCCGUCGCCUUUGUUUCAAAUUUAGUGCCACUUAUUAAUGCUAGAGGGCGCCUUUUAGAACCAGCACAGAGGUCAUCCCUAUGGCGACGAGGAUUUAAAAGUCCAGUUAAUCGUGACGAUGAUGGAUUGAAUUGCGGGGGAUAUUGGCGCCAGUGGCAGCUGAAUUCUGGGAAAUGUGGAGUUUGUGGUGACCCUCACGACGUCACUCCUCAUUCAAACGAAGUUGGCGGGAAAUUCUCUAAUGGACUUAUUUCCCGGUACUAUAGUACAAAUGACACUAUUAUAAACGUAAUUGUGGAAGUGAAGAAAAACAUGAGAGGAUACUUUGAAUUCCGUUUGUGUCCGGAUGUGUCAGACUCAGUUCCGGUGACGCAGGCGUGUUUGGAUAGAUAUCCAUUAGAGAUUGACGGACACGGAAAACGCUUUGAACCGACGCAAGAGGGUAUGAUCCACCUACGAGUAACACUUCCGAGCGGGGUCGCUUGUGAGAGGUGUGUUCUGCAGUGGAAAUGGCGAACAGCUAUGAACUGGGGAAAAUGCCCGGAUGGCUCCAGUCGCACCGGAUGUGGCCCACAAGAAGAAUAUUACAACUGUGCAGACAUAGCGAUCUUACCACCUGAGACGAUUCUCAAAAGAAACAUCAAAUCUUCCACAGAUGAAAAACAGAAAUCGGGAUCGGCAUUCAGAUACUUACAAAACGAAGCCAAACUCGAACCAAUUGUACCCAUUUUUGAUUUUAAUGGAAAUAUUCGCACAUCAAAUAAGGUUGCAAAUAAUGAGGUGCAGAUGAGGAAGGAUGUUGAUGUGGCAUUUCCAAGCGUCUCUAUCGGUAAUGUGCCUAAACCUAAAGGCAUUAUGCUGCCAUAUCUCGGAGAAGGAGCAACAGAUGUUGAUAAGCAGGUCGCAAUAGACACCAAAGUUGGAACAGAGGCUAAAGAAACAGUCAAUCCUGCAGACCUUCUUAACCGAUUUAAGUCAACCUCAGAGUUUAAUGGGAAGAUAUUAUCUCGCUCAAAAAGAACCACGCUUGUGACUCCCAACCCAGUAACUCAGGCACAUGGAAGUUUCUCUGUAAAGAAAACCACAUUGAGUUUUUCGGGAUCUAAUGCUAAUGCUAAUUCUGGCCGCACAUCUGGGCUCCUUGGUUCAAUGAAAGGACAGACUGGUCUAAUUUCUCCCCCACUUCCAAACAAAACAAGUAUGGGAUCUUCCUCUAUGGUUGUCAAAUCUUCAUCAUCUUCGUCUUCAUCUUCUUCAAUGUCACAGUCAUCACCUUUAACGUCUAUCAAAUGGUCUGCGUCAUCGGGAUCGGGAUCCUCCACUUCGGGCUUUGACGGUUCCGUACCAAUCAGAAGUGGGCUAGCAUCGAGAGUGAUUCCUGGUAUACCUGGACCAAAAACGGUUCAUACAGUCUCUUUUGUAGUUAAUAACACCCAUAGUGGAAUAGACAGAAAGCCACAUUCAGCUGUAUCAUUGGCCUUAGAGAAACUAAGGAAGCUUGUAAAACAUGUGAAACAAGGUGGAAAUGCUGAGACCAUUCAAACCGUUCAAGUCACAAAUACCCCUAGCGGCAUCAAGAAAGUAAUCCGCACUGAGAUUAGAAAGAAGAAUCGCGGAGUAACACCAUCUUUUGUGCAGAACAAAAAUCAAGGCUCCCUAAGAAUUUCUGCAAGAGAUUUUCUCAAUGGGAAAACUAUUUUAAAUAGAAUGUCAUCUUUUAGUGGAUCUGGAGGCGUGCCCAUACAAACAUUGGGUGGAUCUGCAGAGGUUAACGUAAAUCAGCAGGUCAGGUCUAAUGUAAACAUACCUUCAGUUUCAACGAAGAUCACAAAUACAAAUUUUACAAGGUUCGUAUCUUCAAAUGGCCACCAGAUGUCUGGAGCUGAAAUCAAAACUGAAAACAAGGCAAAAUUAGAUGUUCUGACAAAAAAGGUCACAAAAGAGACGGAGAACGUUAAAAUUGAACAGACAAAUAUGGACAAAGAGACAAAGUCCACAAAACCACAACCAGCACUUCCAACAAUUAAUGUUUCUUCCAAAAGCAAUAAAGAAUCCACGUUAGAUAAGGAGUUGGUAUUAUCAAACCCGAUUGUUUUAGUAUCGGCUGAAACAAAAUCAAAAGAAAUUGCAGUUCCUCAGACAACGUCAGACAAUACAGUUUCCACUAAAAUUACUGAAGUCAGUGUAAAUCAGAAAUCAACAAAACCUGAAAGCGGUGCGUUAUAUCCUCAAACUGUAGUUAUUCCAAGUAAUAACAACAAUUAUGUAGUUCCCUCAUCUAUGUCGGGGCCUUCUCUUAUGAUUACAGGAGGAUCUCUUUCUAGUCGCCCAGCUGAUCUUGGAUACAGCAAAAUGUCUCAAGUGACUGAAACAGAAGCCAAAAACUCCAUUUUAAUGACCCAAAAGAUGAUGUCUAGUCCAAGAAAUCAAGAUGGAGGCCAAGCUUCAGUACACCUUGAAGCAAAGAUGCAGCAGCCCGUCGUUCCUGUUUUAAGAUCUGAAGCAGUAUCAUCAACAAAAGAAACAGGACAAACACUUUUACAAAAGGUCAAUCCGAUAGACAACCAGGGUAUGAAAGUAAAGGAAGAUAUCAAAACAGUAGAGGAGGGCAAAAAUAGGAUUAAUACAGCUAACACACAAACACAGAGAGUGACAGUCACAUUGGGAGGAAACUUCUCCCCACGCAAAGAAGCAAAGAAUUCUUUUUCUGCUAGACAUGAACUCACAUUAAUGGGCAACAGAAUCAAGGAUACCAACAAAAUUCUUAAUUCAAAUAAUGUUUUACCGAAUGUCAAAUCCGAGGUGAUAGAAAAGAUACUGCUAGAGAAAAGAGAACCCAAUCCUUCCCGAAAAAUUGCACAUAAACUGGCAUCUCACUCGCAACAAGUUCGACCGGACACUGCCAGAACCGAGUCUGUACAGGUCAACACAACAACAGUAAGAAAGAUAUCUUCAAAACCCUUGGUUUCGUCAUCAUCAUUUUCUUCUUCAGCUUCAUCCUUUUCAGUAUCUUCAAGUUCUCAAAAAGACAUUGAAUCAUCUGGAUCUAGUAUGACCUCCAGUGCUGGAAAAUGGCAAGUCAUUCCUAACCAAAGAAGUCUUAAAGUCGAGACCACUAAAGAGACUCGUCAAACUUUGAAUGGAGACACAAAUGUUAAACAACCAGUAGAGUCAAGCACUAUGAAGAAUUUAGAAGUCAUCACUAUUCUGCCUAAUGAAGUCACGACAGCUUCUACUGUUUUAGAAGUUAAUUCUAAAAUUGUUCAAGAUGACACCUUUCAGAAAACCAAAAAUUCUGGGAUCAUCGACACAACACUUCCACCACAAAUACCGCCAAGUAUCCUUCCACCAGACAGUGGAUCACAUCUGAAAACUUCCCAAGCACAGACAAAUGAUCAGUUGAUUUCAAAUCCAAUUUUAAUAAAAGGAAGUAUCAACAUUGGUGGUCAAAGUAAUAAUCAAUGGGGAAUUUCAAAUGGCCUAGAAAAUGCGCAGCAAAGUCAGAAUUUAGUUGUAGAAGGUCUUAAUCAAGGACUAGGGCUUCAGUAUGGCAUAAAUGAUCCUUAUCAGAUUAAUUUCAAUUUGCCUCCAGAUCCUCAACAAAACAUUGGAGGUGAUAGCUGGUUGCAUGCAUCUGGAUCAAAUGCCCAACAAAUGGAUUCGUUAUUCAUGGAUCAGACGUCAUCUUUAACAUCUCAGUCUUCUUUUGCAAGCAAUGCUGGUGAACAAUUUUUGACUGCAGGCCCAGUGGAAUCCGUACCCCUUCCUCCCGGCGAACCAAAUAUGAUGAUUGAUGGUACACAAGAAAUGCAAAACACUGGUACAUUUGUUCCCUAUGACGCAAAUAUGAUGGGUGGAUUAGACCAGUGGGGCACAGGAUCAUCGACAGCUGAUAUUAGCUUCUCUCAAGGCUCUUCUAAUGAUAAUAUCCCUCAAGGUUCUGUGAUUUCUUCAAAUUUUGGUGGCCAAGCAUUAUCAUCUGGUUUUGAUGCAGGAAUCAUUCCUAGUGGAAUAGACCACACACUUCUACGGUUAACAGACACCACUGCCCUAGAGGUUGGCCCAGUUCUUUCUGCCGGAGGUCAAGUUGCACACGACUCAGCCUUUGGAAUGGGAUUUGUCACUUCCUUACCAGAGACUACACCCCCUCCUACCACUUCAACAACAGCUGCCACGACUACAACAACUGAAGCCACAACUACGACACCUACUACAACGACAGAAGCGCCUACAACUACAAAGGCACCGACGACCACAGAAGCUAUAACAACCACACAAGCUCCAACAACAACAUCAACAACGACGACUAGACGUCCAACAACAACUACAACGGAACAAACAACUACAACAUCGACACAGGCCCCAACUACGACAACUGCAGCUCCAACGACACCAGAAAUUACAACAGAACCGGUACAGACAUCAAAACCUUUAACUCAAGACUUGGGUGUUGAUGUUUCUGUAAUACAAUCAUCAUCUCUGUCUGAAAUCAAAUCUUCUGCAAUCCAGUCAAAUUCACAAGUGGAGACUUCAAAGACAGGUCAGACGGGUUCAUCUUACACUGUAUUGUCUGUAGAAAAAUCAUCUAGUAAAUUGACUCCGCCCCCGGCACCCAUUAUAAAACAAGUCAUUGUUUCCACUAAUGAGCAAAUUGAUAUGGGAGACAGACCUAUUCCUCAGUUAAAAGCAGUUACAGCACAUUCGCUUGCCCCUAGUCAAAGCAUCGAGGGGAAAUCUGCACAUUCAUCAAGUUCUACUUCGGAAAUGACAAAAGAUACUCAAUUUAACACUGUCGAAGUGACAAAAACAGAGGGUUCCUCAACUGCUGAAAGAAUGACAGCUGUAGAAACAAGCAAAAUAAAUACGGAGGUUACAGGUAAAGGAAAAACGGAUUCAAAAUCAACAUUAGAAACAAGCGCAACAGCAAAUAAAAUUGAUGGGUUACAAGGAAGUGAAAACAGUAAAACACUGAUGUCAGCAAAUGUGGAACAAACUCUUACAGGUGGAAACACAAAGAUAAGUUCUCAAGGAGAACAAAAUGCUGUUAUUUCUACGAAAACUAGCACUGUCAGUGAGAGCAAAAUUGACAAGCAGGCCGAAAUAUCAAAGAAUACAGCACAGGAUCCCAAUGCCAUAUUAGCCAAUAUGUUUAAAGCUCUAACAGAUAUCAUGCUUAAAGUUCAGAUGGGAGGCAAGCAAACAUUCCCCUAUUCUACAGAUCAAUCAAAAAAGAUUCAAAUGACAAAACAAAUUGCUGGGGCUCCAACAGCUACUACUUUGGAAAAAGCGAACAAGAUUGAAACUCAAAAAUCUGUAAGUUCCUCGUCAACUUCAGUUCAGUCAGAAUCUAAUUUGGUUUCUGCUAGUGAAGUUGUGCAAGGAGAUGUGAAGAAGGAUAAAAUAGCAACAACUCAAAUAGAAGUACAACGUGGAGAUACCAUAGUAGACCAGUCUGCAAACGUUCCAUCGGAAUCGUCAUCACAAACAAAGUCCACUAAGGAAGCUAAAACUGUCACCCAAUUGCCACCUCAAACAGAGGCACCUGCACUUGAAAAGACAAAAGUUGACGCUGGAUCUACUAUUUCCUCUUCUACUUUCAACAUUGCAGGUGGAUCUGCUAUGGACAUUAGUGGCGUGGGAAAUAUGGCUGUAGAUGGCCAAGCAAUGGAUGCCAGUAUGAUUGAUUCCAUUGGAAUUGGUAACAUAGCACCAGAAUGGGGCAGCACUGCUUUGACAGGAAACGUUGAUCUCAUGAUGGAUACUGCUAACUUAGGUACAGCAGCAAAUAAUGUAUGGGACACUACAUAUGUCUUUGAUAAUACAGCAAAUAGUGGAAUGGACAUAGGAACUGGGACAUCUGGUUCUUCAUGGGACAGUGCCUUCAUUGACUCUACUUUGCCGAUUGAAUCCACUACUGGAAAUUCAGCAGGGGCUUGGGAUGCAGCUUACUCCCUAGAAAAUACAGGAACUUCUUCAAGCUCUUCCCUUGCUUCCUCAAAGAGUGUUUCAACCUCUUCUUCAUCAACCUCGAUCUCAGCGUCCUCCUCUAGCAAAGGAAAAACAACUUCGAAUGAACAAGUAAAUAAAGCUGGUUCUUUAACAAAAGAGAUUAAAAUUCAAGAGGCUAAACAGCCAGUUGUACGACCGCUUACAACACGCCCAACACCAGCGCCCACCACAAGAGCCCCAUUACCAUUAACAACUGCCGCACCACCACCCACAACCACUAAAAGACAUACAACAACAACAACACAGGCCACUACCCCUUGGGACGCCUCUUUCGUCAACCUUCAAUCCCUAUCAGGGUUCCAAGUGGGAAGUGGAUCUGACGCAUCAUCACAAGGCACAGACGUUUCGGCGGGUGGUUCCAUGUCGUUUGGUAGCAGUUCCGUGAAUAAUUUUGACAAGUCCAAUGCAGUUAGCGCGUCUAGUUCCUUCGACACUAUUGGUGCUUCGAAAUCAUAUAAGACAAGCGUUUCAAAUACAUUUGACACAUUCGAUUCAACCAAUUCAUUCCAAUCUGGAGGCCCCAAUUCCUUUUCUUCCAGUUCAUCUAAUAUGAUACAAUCUGGAGUGUCUUCCAAUAAUGUACAAGUGAUUCCUACACAAUCCAGCCAGGCUGCUUGGGGUCUUGGAGUAGAAAGCUCUUCUAAUAAAAUGAACUCAAUGAAUACCCAGAUAAAUAUCGAUUCUCAGUCCACUGGAAACAACGUAAAUAAGUGGAAUAAUUUCCUUGAAGUUGGGUCCUCUCGGUUCGAUAUUCCAGUUAAUGUCCCUCCACCUACUACCACUACUAUGGCUCCAACUACUACUACUCCAAUUCCCACGGAACCUCCAAUCAUUAUUGACGUUAAGGAUCUAACCCCUGAGUCUGUGGAUCCAAUAUCCAGAAACGUCAUGUUAAGCAUGAUCCGUUCAAUGGGACAAAAUCAACAAACCAUUAUGACACUUCUUUAUGCCACUGGCGCUGACUUCCUUAGAUCGAUGAACAUUAAUCCUGCCCAUCUCAAGGGAUCUGUAAGUACCGCUGUUCUGAACAUUUUACCAGAGCUGAGGCGAUUCCUUCGGCUUCCAAGACGACGAAGCUACCCACGAGAUCCAUAUAUAGUCGGUAAAGGAUACAGAAGUCAGAUUCGAAAGCGACAAGAACAGCAAAGACGACAGAGACAAAACCAAUAUGCAUAUUAUAACAACAACACUACAUCGGGUGGUUCCCAACAAAAUUACCAACCACCACCACCACCUACAACUCCUGAUCCGGUACAAAGAGCAGUGGAAACUGCAAUGAGCAAACAGCUUAUCACGAUGUUAGGAUUGGCACCCGAACCCCCAGAUCCUCCAGCAGCUGGUCGAAGACGACCUGGCGCUAGAGGCGGCGGCGGAGCAGGCGGCGGAGUGGGCGGAUGGGGUGCAGCAGAUCCAUGGAACGUGGCUGGUGGUGGUGCAGAUCCAUGGGGAGCAGGCGGAGGGGCUGGUGGUGCAGCUGGAGCGGCAGACCCUUGGGCACAGCCUGGUCCAGACCCAUGGGGACCUCCUGCAGGAGGACGAGGAGGUGGUCGAAGAAUGUCAAGACAAUGGCAAGAGGUGCUCGGCCUUGCUCCUGAAGCUGGCGAUGUUCCUGCAGGUCAGCAGGGACAAGGCGCGGGUGGUGCUGGCGCUGGUGGAUGGGGUGCCGGAGGCGGAGGCGGAAUGUGGGGAGGAGGUGGCCGACGGCGAGGCGGAGGAGGAGGAUUUGGGGAUCUAGGAAGAUUAGCUGGAUUGAUGAUGGAUCCUGCUGAAGCUGCUGAGUUAGGUCUUGGUCCCGGGGCACGAGGUGGAGCCGGCGGAGGGAGAGCACGUGGUCCUGCCAAUAGAGGGCGUGUAAUGCACGCAAUUGUGGAAGCUUUAGGAUUUUAAAAGUUUUA